GCCGGUACAAAGUGACCUUGUCGCCGCGCUCCCGCCCCCUUCCGCCGCGCUGCAUCCGGGCGCUCGCCGCCCUCCCCCGCCGCGCCUGCGCAGAGACGCCCCCCAGCCCGUCGGCCCUGAGGUGCGGCAGCCGGAGCGGAGAUACCGGAUUGUGCCUCCCUCCCCGCCCCGGGACGCCUCCCGCGAAGAUGUUCGCCUGCGCCAAGCUCGCCGCCUCGCCCUCCCUGAUCCGUGCUGGAUCAAGAGUCUUGUACAGACCAAUUUCGGCAUCUGUGUUGUCUAGGCCAGAAAUCAAGAAUGGAGAGGGCAACUCAACACUUAAUGGGGCCCAAAAUACUGUCUCCCGGCUAGCACUUAGAGAAUUCCAGACUAGUGCUGUCAGCAGGGACAUUGACACUGCUGCCAAAUUUAUUGGUGCUGGUGCUGCCACAGUAGGCGUGGCUGGUUCUGGUGCUGGUAUUGGAACGGUCUUCGGUAGUCUAAUCAUUGGUUAUGCCAGAAAUCCUUCUCUGAAGCAGCAGCUGUUCUCAUAUGCUAUCCUGGGAUUCGCCCUGUCUGAAGCUAUGGGUCUCUUCUGUCUGAUGGUUGCUUUCUUGAUCCUAUUUGCCAUGUGAAAGGAGAUCUGCCUGUAGUAUUGGCAUUGGAAUGUAACUCUGCAUUUUAUGGGACUCCCAAAAUGUUGGUGUCAUGGAAAUUGAUGCUAUUUCCAAAGUCAUUUCAUUAAAGAUAACAACUUUAACUGUCAA